AUGGCCUUCUCUGCCACUUCUCGCUCCAAUCUCCCCACCUCUUCUUCUCAAUCCUACGGCAAGUUAUGCUCCCCUAGGUUCAGCAGGAAGCAGAAUAAAGUAGCUUUUAUAACUACCACAAAGCGAAAAGUUUCUUCCUUGAGGAUUAUUAGAUCAGUCUUAAAUAAUAGGAAGUCGAGCAUUAGUGACAAUGGAGCUUCGGAACCUGCAAGGAUUCUUCUUGAGAGGUUGUUUGCACAGACUCAGAAACUGGAAGAACAGAUGAACCGAAAUUCUCAUCAUCGUCAGGAUAUCCAGCUAGGGUUUAACCUUGAAAUCCUGGAGUCUGAUCUUCAUGCUGCAUUGGCAGCACUGAAGAAGAAGGAAGAAGAUUUGCAGGAUGCUGAAAGAACGGUUUUCUUUGAGCACUGUGAAUUACACCGCACAAAGGAGGAGCUGGAGCAACGGGAGAAAGAAAUUGCUGCAGCUUCUUGUAGGUAUGAAAAAAUAGGGGAGGAGUUGAAGCAGGCUAAUCUUCGCUUAGCUUCCCAAGCCAGGCACAUAGAUGACAUAAAACUUCGGCUGAGAGAGAGAGAUCAGGAGAUCGUGGCCGCACAGGCCGCACUUUCUUUGAAAGAAGAGGAAUUGGACAAAAUGAGAAAUGAAUUGUUGCUAAAGAGUGAAGAAGCUGCUAAGACUGAGUCUGAGCUUAAAUGCAAGUCUCACCUGCUGAAUGAAGCCAAUGAAGUGGUCAAGAGACAAGCAGUUGAGGUUCAAGGACUCCGGAAAUCUCUACAGGAGAAAGAAGAAGAAUUGGAAGUUUCUCAGAUGCAGAUGAAACUUGAAGUGGAAAAGCUCAAAGUUGCAGAGGAAAAGUUGGAGAAGCAGACAAUGGAGUGGUUAUUGGCACAGGAAGAACUUAAGAAACUAGCAGAGGAAGCAUCUAGACAUGCUGGAGAAACAAAUGAAACUUUAGAGGAUUUCAGAAGAGUGAAGAAGCUUCUCGCUGAUGUGAGGUCUGAGUUGGUUUCCUCUCAGAAAUCUCUGGCUUCCUCUAGACAGAAAAUGGAAGAACAAGAGAAGCUUUUGGAAACUCAAUGGGAAGAGCUCGAAGAACACAAGGGAAGUGUUAUGACUUACUUAACAACUUUGAAAGAUGCCCAAAUAGAAGUACAGAGUGAAAGAGCAAAGCUUAGGGUUGCAGAGGCUCAAAAAAGGGAGCUUGAACGGGACUUAUCUAUGGAGAAGGAGCUUAUGGAAGAGUUACAAGAGCUGUUGAAGAAAGAGAGAUACUCUCUGCAUCAGGCUAUCAAUGGGAUUUCUUCGCUCCAAAAGAAGCUAGACAAGAAAAAUGCUGACUUUGGGAAAAUGCGUGAUCUCCUUCAGGUUAAAGAAUCAGUAAUGGUGGAGGCUAAGCUCGAAAUUCAGCAUUUGAAAUCUGAGCGGGAUUCUCUUAAGCUUAUUUUGGACGAAAAAGAUUUCGAACUUUUAAAUGCAAGGAAUAAGCUUGAGGAAGUAAACAACGAAAUUGCGGAGCUGAAGAUGCUUUUGAACAGUAAAGAGGACCAGCUUAUUCAAGCAACUACUAUGCUCAAGGAGAAAGACGAACAUGUAAACACAAUGCAAAAUGAGUUGAAUGACACAAAGCUGAAAUGUUCAGAAGCUGAAACUGUGGUAGGACGGAUUGUAGAGCUCACUAAUAAGUUGGUUAUAUCCAUCAAGGAUGACGACUCCAGUGCACCCAGAAUGUUUGAUGACAUGGGCCAAGACUUACUGCAGCAACUAUUGGAGAAUCCAGCUGAUGAUUUAAGGUUGCAGAUAAAACAGCUUGAAACUGAGCUUGAAUUAGCAAGGGACAGCUUAAGAACAAAAGAAAUGGAAGUCCUAGCUUCUCAGAGGGCUCUCACAAUCAAAGACGAGGAGCUUAAGAUGGUUCUGGGGAGACUAGAUGCAAAAGAAAAAGAAGUAAAGAAAAUGAAAGAAGAGGCCAAAGAUGCUAAUGAUCUGAGAAAGCUUUAUGCUUUGGCACAAGAGAGAUUAGGGGAGAAGAGUAUCGGAGACUUGGCAAUCGAGAAACUUCAAAUUGAGGCAGCCCAACUGGAAGUUGAAGCAGCAACCAAUGCACUCCAUAAACUUGCAGAAAUGAGCGGGGAAUUUUUGCAUAAAGCUAGCUUGAGCAUUGAGGCUGAUGCUUAUACCACCAUCUUCCUGCCAAAUGGUUCUGAUCCCAGCAGAAGUGUGGCGGAGAACGAUGAAUGUUUAACGGAGGUUACAACAGAAGUUUCCCGGAUUUCGGCUUUGACCGAUCAGCUUGUGAAAGAGGCUGGUAUUGUUGUAAGAGCAGGGCCUGCGGGGCAGUAG